UAAGCAAUUUCAUCUUUUCAUACACAAAUUAAUUAAGCACACCCAAACUUUAUAAAGUCAUCCUUAAGCAACCUCAACCAACAAAUGCACAACUCAAAUAAUUAAGAUUCUUUCAUCUCCUACGUCAAACCUUGCCAAACCCUCUAACUAGCUUAUAGAUCAAAGAAGAAAGUAUAGUCACAAAAGCCAUUUCAUAUUGUUUAAUACAUUAUUUCUUCCAACCAUAAAUGGUCCCUAUUAUUUGUGUAUAAAAACUCAUUAGCAUAAUUGGAAGAAAUCCAAGAAGCUUAAAAACCUUGUUAGUAAAAAAGUUUUUGCAAGAAUUUCAAGAUGAGCUACACGAAGCCAAUCGUUAGUAAACUCUAUUGUUCGUCUUCACAGAUGGUGUUUGGUGUGAGGAAAAGGCCACAUGUGGUGAAUGGAGGCGGUUUUGUAGUCACUGAUUGUAGUACUGAAAAGGUUGUUUUCAAGGUUUAUGGUUGUGGGAUUCAUGGCAAAAAAGAAGAGUUGAUUCUUAGAGAUGGUGAUGAAGAAGCUCUUCUUCUCAUGCGCCGAAAGGCAGGUAUGGUUGAGGCUCUAAGCAUUUAUAAGAAAUGGAAAGGUUAUAGUGUAAACUAUGAAGGGUCACAAAAACUGGUUUUCAGCUUAAAAGAACCUGGAAAUUCAUGUUUGGUUAAGAACAAAGGAAUCAGAAUUUCAAUUGAGGCAGGGGCUGUUGGUAACAAAGGCUGGGACUUUGAGAUAAGGGGUUAUUUCCCUGAUAAGCAUUGUAGCAUUGUUGACACUAGAGGCAACAUAGUAGCACAGGUUGGGGUGAAUAAAGAAGUGGAGAAAUUGAUGGAAAACAAGGAUUUGUAUAAUGUGGUGGUGAAACCAGGAAUGGAUCAAGCUUUUGUCUUUGGAGUCAUAGCCACGCUUGACUAUAUUUAUGGAGAAUCCACAUAUUGCUAGGGUUGAAAGAGCUAGCAUGCUAUGGUUUGAUGUGAAUUAUUGCAAUGAAAGAAAAACCAAUAUAAUAUUAGUUUCAUUUUCACCUACCAUCAUUUUGAUGCAUAUUAAUAUAUGUAGCAUGAAGCUACAUGAUUGCAUAGAGUUUUGAAGGAAGGGGAUAUUAGUUAUAAUAAUGGAAAUUAAGGAAAUUAAUUUGGUUGUUAUUUACUUUGCUUUAUGUUAAUUUUUUAGGUUAAAUAUUGGUCCUUUUGUAUUGUAUAUAUAGGAUUUAAUUUUCAUGACUUUGAAAAUGAUGGGUGUAAAAGUUAUUUAAUUAAUUGUUGAAAAAAGCCUUAUUGUUUAUAAAUUAUUUUUUAUUU